UGCCUUUCUAUGUAAGACCAUAAGUUUAAAAAAUAAAUAUGUUAUGUUUAUUUAAAGAUAUGAAGUGUCAGAGUUUAGAGCCUGAAAUAACAAAGAUGUAUGAAUUCUUUGCUGCGAAAAUGUCGCAUAAAGAUUCUUCACACAAUCCAAAAGGCCCAAGGUCAUUUCUUCAGACGACUUGUGUUUUCAUUCGACCUGCAUGAUCUACAUUUGUUAAACUUAUUUUCACAGAUUAUAAGGAAAACAUCUAAUUGUCACGUGUGAGAGGUUUGAAACCUGCUCUUUUGACAUCCCAUCGCUGCAGAAUAAAUCACAUGGAUUAUGAAAAGUGCUCCUUCUCUACACACACACCCUGCCUCCUGUGACGGGACUCGGGGGCUUUUCUCUCGGGGUGGGGGUGCAGACGGCGAGCAGCAGACCCUGCAGGACGUCGCUCACAGCAUCAGAGAGCGGCGGUACGGGAGGGUCGUGGUGAUGGCCGGAGCCGGGAUCAGCACGCCCAGCGGCAUCCCAGAUUUCAGGUCUCCAGGCAGCGGUCUCUAUGACAACCUGCAGCAGUACGAGCUGCCGUACGCAGAGGCCAUCUUUGAGAUCGACUUCUUCCAUCACAACCCCAAACCGUUCUUCGCUCUGGCCAAAGAGCUGUACCCCGGAAACUAUCGUCCCAAUCUGACGCAUUACUUUGUGCGUCUGCUUCACGAGAAAGGUCAGCUGGUCAGGAUGUACACGCAGAACAUCGACGGCCUGGAGAGACUGUCAGGGAUUCCUCCGGAGAUGUUGGUGGAGGCUCAUGGGACGUUUUCCACGGCGACCUGCACCGUCUGCAGGAGGAAAUACGAGGGGGAGGAGCUACGACCAGAUGUGAUGAGCGGGACGGUCCCGAGGUGUCCCACCUGUACAGGUGUGCUGAAGCCUGACAUCGUGUUCUUCGGGGAGGAGCUUCCUACUCACUUUUUUAAAUACCUGACGGACUUUCCCCUGGCAGACCUGCUCAUCGUCAUGGGAACGUCACUGGAGGUGGAGCCCUUUGCCAGUCUAGCAGGAGCGGUGCGGAGCUCCGUCCCCCGCCUGCUCAUCAACAGGGACCUGGUGGGUCCGUUUGCGUGGCGGCGGCGGCCUCAGGACGUCGUUGAGCUGGGUGACGUCGUCAGUGGUGUCCAGGCUCUGGUGGACGCCCUCGGGUGGAGUCAGGAGGUCGACGCUCUGAUGGCCGCUGGAGCUCAGACUGGUGCAACGAAACCAGAAGAGUGACUGAAUCUCUGCGUCAGCCUGGAGCCCCGACUUCAUUCACUGCACCGAUCAACGCUGAGGGACGGAUGUGUGGACUUUGUGAACAUGUUCCAUGCAAAGCCUUUUCUUUAAAGAGACAGCUGCUCGUCCUGAUGCCUCUAAACUUAAUGUAGUUUUUUAACCAGCAGGGGGAGCCAGAGGCCUGAAGCCUCAGUUCUCUCUAUUUGGAUGAUUGUCUCUAACUUUGAACUCCAUGAAAACAUGAUAUAUAAAUAUAAAUAAACAUAAGGCACUAACUUAGAGAAAGCUCUCUGUGUAUUUUUAAAGUUAAUGCUGAUGAGGAGGGAACAGUCAUAAAGUGAGAUUAGUGUAAAGGGGGCGGCCGUGGAUCAGCUGGUAGAGUCGGAGGCUCGGGUACCGUAUCCCAGAUGGCAGGAGGCUGAUGGGUCUCAGUGACGGAUUGGCAGGGGUCACACACAAUGCUGUGUUCACUGUGUUGCAGGGUCUUGCGGGUGUGUAUCUGCAGUGUUUCAAACAUUUGGUUAUACUCCUGCAGGCUAAAUAAAAUAUUGAAAACAUUUUGUAGGAUCUUAGUUGUAGAUCCGACCGUCUGUGAGUAUUUACUUUGAUUUAGGUUCUGAAGUUUCAGGCAGGUGACAAACGCCGGCGGUUAGCUUGUGCUAGCGUGCAUUAGCUUGCAAGUGUCGGUACAAGCAGGAAACGUACACACUACGUCCUGCAGUGGGCGGGGCUUCUGGGGGCGAUGAGCACAGGAGGAGGGGCCCAGUCGGAAUGUGUUUAUAAACAUUUCUACUGACUCUGCCUCUGGUUCACAAAAAGAAACUCCUGACCAAACGUU